AUGGCAGCUCCCUACACGCUGAGGUGGGGAAUUUUGGCCACUGGCUGGAUUGCAGAGGUCUUCACCAAGGACCUGCUCGCCGAUCCUGCCCUCCGCGGCGUCCAUGAUGUGCGCCAUGAAGUCGUCGCCGCCGCCUCAUCCAGCUCCAAGGACCGCGCCGCCGACUUCCUGGCCAAGGUGAAGGCUCCUAGCACGGCUAAGGCAUACGGGUCUUACCACGAGCUGGUGGCCGACCCGGAUGUCGAUAUCAUCUACGUCGCCACGCCACAUAGCCACCACUUCCAGAACGCCAUGCUCGCUCUCGAGGCCGGCAAGCAUGUGUUGUGCGAGAAGGCCCUUACGGUGACCGCUGCCCAGGCUCGCAAGCUAAUCGAGACGGCCCGUGCGAAGGGACUCUUCUUCAUGGAGGCUGUGUGGACGCGCUACUUCCCGCUGAGCAUCCAGGUGCGCAACCUGAUCAAGUCGGGAGCCAUUGGUACCGUCUAUCGCACUACCGCCGACUUGUCACUCGGUAACGACGCCGGCGAUGGCAAAGUCAAGUUCGACGAUGCGCACCGUAUGGUUAAUCCGGCCCUUGCCGGCGGCGCCCUGCUGGAUCUGGGCAUCUAUUCCCUGACAUGGGUCUUCCAGACGCUCUACCACCUGCAGCCGGAGGGUGAGAAGGAGUCCCCCAUUACAAUUGCGGCAGUGACCAAGUACCACACUGGUGCCGAUGAGGCCACCAGCAUUAUCGUCAACUUCCCACGGCACAAGAGUCAGGGCAUCGCAACAACUUCGCUGCGCGUGUCGACCGACCCUGACGGCCAGAACACUGCUGGUCCGGCCAUUCGCAUCCAGGGCUCCGAGGGCGAGAUUCAAGUCAUGGGUCCGGCCUAUUCCCCACUCCAAUACCGUGUUAUUCGCCGUGACAGCCCUGGUAAGGUCGAAGUUGUUGACUGCCCUAUUCCCAAGGACCCCAUUACAGGCUGGGGCCAAGGCAUGUUUUGGGAGGCCGACGAGUGUGCCCGUUGCCUCAGGGACGGCCGCAAGGAGAGUGAAACGCUACCGUGGGAAGAGAGCGUCGUCAUCAUGGAGGUCAUGGAGCAGGCGCUGCGCCAGGGUGGCGUGGAAUAUCCCGAGUUGAUCACGACUGAUGUGUAUGAUCCUCAGAGCCCACUCAACACAGGCAAGCGGUAA